GGUCACGCGCUUUCCAGAAAGCCGUCAGGAAGGAGAAAAACAAAACAAACCCGAGAGAGAGCUUCAACAGCGUGCGGACACCAUUGAAAAGGGAACGGCUUUUACUCCAGCACCGGAUUCUACACGAGCUCCGGUACCGGACGGGACGUGCAUAUGGGAGUCCUAAAUACCUGAAGCAGACAGAAACGCACCAGGCUACAACAGACCACACCAAACCGGGUUUGACUAAGUUACUAGUCCCUCUCCCGGUCCCUCCAGCCUGGGAGGCUGAAACCUCCAGGACUUUGUGAUUGUCUCCAUCAACAGUGUUUUAUUGUGUUGAUUUGACAAUCUCACACCAGUGGGACUGGACAGGAGACCCAGAGGUUCCCGCUGCUGGAGCUCUAAGCUGUGCCUGGCAAUGCCUCAGCCCAGCGUCAGUGGGAUGGAGCCUCCCUUUGGGGAYGCCUUUCAAAAUUACUCGUUUGCUGACCAGGCCCUGACCAGCACCGAGCUGCUGUCCACCAGCUCUGACCCAGAUUUCAUGUAUGAGUUGGACACAGACAUGACCCACCGACAGAGUCCCUGUGGGGACAGCCUUGUGGGGAUUGGGGAUGGAGGAAAGGAGAUAGAGGGCAGUGUGGAUCAGCUCAUGAGCCUUGGCGAGUGUGAGACCGUCUAUGGAGGCUCAGCGUUUGAACAGUGGGACUCCUACUGGGAGGACCUCACCAGAUACACGCGACUGGCCAGCUGUGACAUCUGGGGAACCAAAGAGGUGGACUUCCUUGGUCUGGAUGACUUCUCCAGUCCUUACCAGGAUGAGGAAGUCAUCGGCCAAACACCGACUCUGGCUCAGCUCAACAGCGAGGAUUCCCAGCCUGUAUGCGAGGCGCUCUAUCCUCCUUUAGACCUGAACCUUCCUGCCCCACAGCCACAGCUCCAACCUCCCCAGCUUUCCUCUCACAAUAAGAGACACCCGGUCCCUGGCCAAGGACCGGGCCCCAGCUCAAUCCGGCCGUCUCCAGGCUCCACAUCCGCCUCCCAGUCUCGCUCUUCCCGCAGCCUCCUCCCAGACUUUCCCGAAAGCUCCCAAAGAGCCACUAGACCUGUUCCUUCCAGCACCGAAACUAUGUCCAAGACCCAGAACCAGCUCAGUGUCACCCAGGACCAUGGCCAGGCUCACAUCAAGCUCGUGGGACGAGGGACUAAGACUGCCACGCUGGCGUCUCACAACUCUGACUUUGUGCGGAAAGCUAAAGUCCGAGUCAGUUCUGUGCUCAGAGCUGAAGGCGACAGGCCCGCCCCCCCAGAUUUUGAGAAGUCGGACCCACUGCUGCCCCUCUCCCAGCCUCCAGACGAGACGCCCUCCACUUCGGUCAGCGUCACCAUGGUGGGCCUCCCUGCCCCCGCAGCCAGCAGCUCUGUCAGCCUGGCCAGCUUUGAGAAAAAAGCAGAGGGGACAACGAGAAGGGAGGUCCAAACCCRUGGAGCGGAGCCCAGCCAGACACUGGGCACCGUUGGUAACGUGGUGGGGGCUACCAGCGCCGCCGGCGGAGGCGGUGGAGGAGSAGGAGGUGGGAGCGUUCUGGUUGUGGAAGACUCUGAGCAGGGCAAAGAGGAAGAGCACAACUACUCUCUGUUCCUGGCCCACAGCAGAGCUCAUUCACAGCUAGAGGAAGAUGACGACGACGACGACGAGGAGGCAGAGGAGGACGAAGGUGACGGGCUGGAGUUGGACGAUGAAGACCAUGACGAGGGUUUCGGCAGUGAGCAUGAGCUGUCUGAGAACGAGGAGGAAGAGGAAGAAGAGGAGGAUGAAGAUUACGAGGCAGACAAGGACGAUGACAUGAGCGACGCCUUCUCUGAACCAGGCUGCGACAUGGAGCUGAUGGAGGACAUUAAAGGCCUGACAGCCGGAGUCUCCAGCCGCAAAAGAGGCAAGCGUCGUUACUUCUGGGAGUACAGUGAGCAGCUCACUCCCUCCAAACAGGAGCGAAUGCUGAAGCCGUCUGAGUGGGACAGACAUACAUUGCCUAGCAACCUAUACCAGAAGAACGGGCCUCUUCAUGGAAAGUACAUGCUGAAGAAGUCUCGACGCACCGACGUGGAAGACCUAACGCCGAAUCCUCGCAAGCUUCUGCAAAUCGGCACMGAGCUCCGCAAACUGAACAAGGUGAUCAGUGACCUGACCCCCGUCAGCGAGCUGCCGCUGACCGCACGGCCGCGGUCCCGCAAGGAGAAGAACAAGCUGGCGUCCAGGGCUUGCCGUUUAAAAAAGAAAGCUCAGUAUGAAGCUAACAAGGUGAAGCUUUGGGGACUCAGUACAGAGUAUGAUCGUUUACUGUUUGUGAUCAACGCCAUCAAGGAGGAGAUCAUGCAGCGAGUUGAAGACUCUUCGCCUCGUCAGACCAACAUGACAGAGACUCUGGAGCGGCUCAUCAAGGAGWCACUUGUGCCAUCACCUGUUGCUGGGCAGACUUCAGACUUUGUCAACAAGAUCCUGGAGAACACGGGACGCGGGGAUCCCACCGGCGGUCUGGUCGGCCUGCGAGUCCCCACCUCUAAAAUCUAGACGGAGCGCCGUCGAGCUGCGAKGAGUGGACUAAUUGUUACCACCGUGCUGUCCUGUUGUAACUAUUGUCCCCUCUGCAUGCCCCUUCAGCUCAGAGUAAAUACACAUCGUCAUCACCCAAACACACAUACCCCUCCCCCAUGUAUGUGUGCUUGUUUUUGCCAUGCAGCUGUGUGGCGCACACACCCCGGCUUUCGCAUCGCUGUCUCCCAGCCCAUCGUGAUCGCCUGUUGGGAGGAGCACGUCUAAAGUGAUGGUUAGGUGUAUUUCUAAUAGCACGUUCCUGAAUCCUCUGGUGAUUAAUAGAUGUCUAUGUGUGGCCCUGUGACGGAUGUCCAGGGUGUACCCCGCAUCUCGCACAAUGACCGCAGGAGAUGGGCACCAGCUCCCCCGCGACCUGGAAAGGAAGAAAGCGGGUGAAGAAAAUGGAUGGAUGGAUUAUUAGAUGUGCUUCACAUAGCCUUUUGCAGGAGGACUGAAAGGACAGUCAWGAGUGAAACCACUGGAAUUUGUUUGAGGUGGUAAAGAAGUCAGAGGAAAACUUGUUACACGCCUGACACAAUCAGAAGUUGAAAGACUUAUUUUUUAUUAGGAGGUUUUAUCCCCCCCACACAUUGCAAAAACAAAGAAAACCAGGAUAUUAAAUUGACCCGUUCACUAAAGCACUUUGAGGAAAAAAAAAAGGCUCUGGUAGCCAAUAACGCUGCAGAGUAAACAACAACAACAAAAAGCAGGGCGGCAGGAAAUAUUUUAUACUGAAAUGCUAAAUAUCUUCACGCCAUCCCCUGUUUGCCAAUCAGCUCUGCGCUCGUAAAAAUAGCUUUAUUAAAUUAAUGCUAUAAAAGAUGCAAGCGUUCACCGAACAUCCUGCCGGUCUGAAACGGAUCGAGCAGGAGCAAGCUUUAUGUUGCCCUUGACAUCAGGAAAUGGUUGAAAAGGAGUCGGAUGUAGCAUGGUGCUUUGUGCUGGUCAUAACUGGACCGGAGGAAAAGGAGCUUUUUGCCAGUAUGGGAAGCUGUGAGGAAGAUGAUUGUGAAGAUAAAGAUAUAAACAGUGAUCCAUCUUCUCCAGGAAACUGUAUAUAGAAGUGUCUCCCAGGCACCGGCUCUGUUUUUCUUUCUUUUCUUUUCUUUUUUUCUUUUUGUACAGUAGAUUUGAUCAGGCAGUGUGGUGACGGCAGUUUGACGUGUUCAUACUCGUGUUUGAUCGGAGUUCUCUUCAUCGUGCCUUGUGUAUGUAUGCGUUGUGUUUGUGUGAGAAGGACUGAACGUUAAGAGACGCCGGGCACCCCGAGGGUCCGGCGCAGACCAGGGGGAUUGUUAGCGAGCGAGAGGAUGGACAGCUUGAAUAUAUUCUGAAUGUACAUAAACAAACGGAAGCUCUUGUUGCGWGAUGCCACAGAGUCUGUGUAUAUAGGAGGGCUCUGCAAUAGAUUACUUUUGGUUUUUGGUACUCUUGUCUUCGGGGGAUCCGGGCAGGGGGGGGGCGGGGCUAACAGAUAUUUUUCGUUAAGCGUAACAAGAAAGAGAAAAAAAAUAUUUGCACACUAUAUUUUAAUUGUUUUUUGUACCAAAGACACAUGCAACGACAUGGCGACCAGCCAGUUAAAGUAAGGUUUUGCACAGCUUACCUGACGCCGUAUUGAAUGUAAGAAAUGUGGGAGGGUCAGGGAACUUCAUAGAACUGUGAAAUUAGUUUGGGUCCAAUUCUGUACAGAAAAGGAACAUUUGUUUGUGUUUUGAAGUCUAAAAUUUACUCCCAUAUAUGGGCUUCUCCAGUACAWUGUAUUUUAUUUGACUUGUUUGCUUAGGAAGCACUUCAUUCCUAAACCUAUUCCUCCCUUCACGUGCUAAGUGUUGUUAUGGCGCUAAAUAGGAAUAAAAACCCACAGCGCUAGUAGAUAAGCUACGUUACUUUUUCCUCUUUUUUUGCGUUUGUCAAUAACCAAAAAAAUAUGUUUCUGUCACUUGUUUCAUUUCUGUAUCCAGUUCACGAGCAAACUAUUAACUGAAUUAUGUUUAAAAGUACUGUAUAUAAAUAUCAAUUCAAUAGCUAUUACUUUUCAUGACGAUUCUUUUUUUUUUUUCAAUGCACGUCACAUUUCUAGAGCCUGUCCUUGCGUUUGAACAAUUAGAAGCAAACACACACACAAAAAGAAAAACGAAAAAAAGAGGUUCUCAUAUUUUUCUAUAUUAGCUGCCUGCUAGUUUUCCUGUUGGUUUUAAGGGUUUCGCUGGUCGGAGAAGAAGCUGAGGAGGAAAAUGGCAACUCGUGUCCGUUCUGUUAUUCUUCACUGAUGGUGCGAAUGACGAAGACAACCAGGACUAGAUUAUUUCAAACACAGUACGGUAGUGCCUCGCUUUCAUUAGAUUGCUUUAUAAGGAGAACAAACUGUCUUUAAUGAGGACAGAGGGCAACACUGUGGAGGAAUCGGCUGCAGUGCUGUCUCAGCUGUAAGAAAAACCAAAGCCACACUGAUUUGAAGUCAGCAGCACUGUGCUUUCUCCUUUAGAUUUCUCCCUUUUUUAUUUUAUUUUGGUAUUUAACCCUGAAACCAGCUGAUGUUUGCAUGUGCUGGGACUGUUGCCUUUACAGUUACAAUGUUGUACUGAGUCUUUAUGUCUGGCUUCACCUUGCCUUCAGUUUUGCAGCCUUCUGCACUGGUCACAGCAUUAGAAAAUACCUUCUCUUUAAGCACCUAUACACACCGCUCAGGCCAUUUUGAGGCACACUGUGCAACUUGUAAAAAUACCCAUUGCAUUGUCUCCCUUGCUCCUCAGACAAGACGUCCUGUUCCCUAAAAAUCUAAAACAAAAUCAACCAGAAUUUGCUGAUUUAGCUUGCAGAUAUAAUCAAAAUAAUAAGGACAGUUUGAAGUGAUAAAUGUUCUCCUUCAUAGAGCAGUGUCUAAUGAUUGUGAGGUACUUCUUUGUCUGUAUUGCGUUUUUUAAGUUACAUAUAUUUACACGUAUAGCUUUCCGUCGAAGAAAAGGGAUAAAUGGUGCUUUUCUGAAACUAGAAGUAGAAGUAUCCACGUUAAUAUUUCUUUGACUAGUUUGUACCCCGAUGACUUGCUCUCCCCUCCCGUCCACAUAGUUAUUUUCUUAGUAGUGAAACGUUUUUGUAAAUAAACUCUUUGAGUUCAUAUGUAACUUCUAAGUGUUAGAUAUGUGUAUAGAGUAAUCUAUCUUAUAUGUUUAAGAAUAGCACUUUGUCCAAAAAAAGAGAAAGAAAAAUACAAAAAAAAUAAUCUUUUUUUUUCUUCCAUUUGCUGCUAAAUGGCCUCGUGUGAAUGCUGCAAGUGAUGACUACUUGCUUGGAUAAGUCUAUCACCUGACAAGGCUAGGUCUACGAACUAGCAAAGGAACACGUGUGUGUAACCUGACAGAGGGGUUUAGAUCUGCACAAAUUUGGAGCCAUGAAAUGAUACGAGGUGUGGCGUGAGAGCGUAUCGUUGCUUGGCUUUCGGAAGCCCCGAUGGGAUAGGUCUAUUUCCUGGUCAGGGUGUGAUGGUAUGUUUGUGGUCUUAAAACAAAACAAAAAAGAAAAAAAGAGGGUUUUGAUUCCAGGGCCCCUACAUUGUUUCUGAUGCUGACCCCCUUGGCGUCAUGAUUCAUUUGCCUUCAGUAGAGGUUUCCUAUGGAAAAACUGAUUCUGCUUUGGCUUCCUCUUCAGGGUGAUGUACAGUGUAGACACAUUUCUUCAGAGAGCUAUAUUGUUAUCAUUUGUAAACUGAUUUCUACUUGUGACUUAAAGAGGAGUGGUUUAAGCCUUGGGCGGCCAGGAAGAGCUCGUUCUGAAAGCUGUUUUUCCUGGCCGCCUUGGGGGAAGUUACUAUAUCACUGUACUGUAUGGCAAGCCAAUUUACAAAAAGAGACUCAAUCCGGACACUUAAUGCCUUCUGAAUAACUUUACACACAAAUAAAAAUAACAUGGCAGACAUGUUUGUAGCUGAGGUUCAUGACAUUGUCCUGCCAGUCUGGUAAACAACCACAACCACAACAACAAAUGCCUGAUUGGCUCAAAACAACCUUGACUGAAGUAGCCGACGUGGUGGUGAACUGUAUCUGAAAAAUGGCUUCAAAAAGUCUGAAACCACUCUAGCGUGUCCUUCCCGAUGAUGUUUGAAGCGAUUUUUUUGGCUAUGAUUUGAAACCAGGUCUGGUUGAGGGGGUCAACGGUGGUUAAGGGCCCGACGUCGUUGCGUUUUUUUUUUUUUUUGCCGUCGAUCCACGAGGCUGUUUUUAGGAAAGAGUCCUCACAGGUUAUCACAGGAUAGGCGCGAGCUGUGCAACUUUACAUUCAAACCAGGAGACUCUGUGGCAUUUUUUUAAAACCGUCGAGGAAAUGAGCGAAAAAUCCACACCAGAAAAAAAAAAAAAAAAAAGAAAUACUAUUCCUUAUUAUUUUUAUUUCUGACAAAGGAAAAAAAAUCCUAUACAGUAAACUAUUAAGCUAAUAGUGUGUAACUUUGUGCUACUCUUGUCCAAUAAAAGCUAAGUGGAUCCAUAAAGCUCUUCUUCAGCAAAUCAGGGUAAUAUCGUUCUUCUAUUUGACAUAUGUGAUGACGUAUAAAAUCAAAAGAUUAUAUAUUUAUGUAUUCCAGUUAUUGUCGCCAUUCUUUACUCUGUACAAAAAAAAAAACAAUAUUGUCUGUCUGUGUGUUCUGAAUUAUUAAUGUCAAUCACUAUGGUGCAAUGCUCGAUACACAAAGUAAGACAAAACAAAGGCCAACAGACUUUUCAACACAAGAAAUCACAAACAGAAAACUGCAACAUUUUCCCUUCAUGAAGGAUUUGACUCUGAUGUCCAGCUGUAUUCCAACUUGGUCACAUGGUGCUGAUUUUAUUGUCGCCCCCACUCUUUUUUUUCCCCACAGAUAGUCCUGUUUUUUUAUAUUUUUGUUCAUAAAACUUCCUUUAAUGUUGGACCAGUCAGAGGAGGAUUUACAUGGAUUCUUGUUCUGAACAAGAGAAUGGCGAUUUCUGUAUUAAUUUGUACGACGGAUGUUUGUAAAAGCCGGUCUCCRUUGGUUUGAUUGCACGAGUCGUAGAGGCUGAAAACACGAAUUAGAGUUCAGCUGUGCAGGUACCUAACAUUGUUGGGGUAAAAUUGGAAUAAUUAACAAGAAGGAAAUAAAUUAUUACAAACUCUUUUUUUAAAAAAAAUCAGCCUCUCGCCGGCUGUGUUGUCAGACAUCAGAGUCCGGCUUCUGGUUUCGCUUGUAUCACUUCAAAUGUUUCUCCUGUUGUGUUUGAACCCUUGAUUGUAAAAAAAAAAAAAAAAAAAAAAAAUCUCAUCUUUAGAGGACAUGUUCCUACUUUCCUCCUUAUUUCACCCCAAAACCACAGAGUGCAGAAAUGAGCGCUUCUGCAUGUGGAUUUGCCCGCCCCCCCCUGCUCCCCUGCACAGCGCUGUGAGAAUCAAGAAAUUUGGACGUCAGAAAACGUUUUCAAAAGUUGUCGCGUGGCUUUUCGGGGGCUCUCUGUACUCUUGUAUGGUUUCAUACUUGCUGCUAUCGAACGAGCACAAAGAGGCUUCAGAUUUUUUAUGAUUUAAGGGUGUCCGUGACACAUUUACAGUAUAUCCUCUUGCUUUUAAUUCAUUUUAAUUUGUUGUUUUCGUUUCCAUACACCCUUUUUUCCUAUGACAGUCAGAAGACAAACAGCAUUGCUCACCUUGCACUUGGAUUUUUCACUUAACAAGAAAAAAAAUCUAUUUUGAAUUACGAUGCCUGACGAACCAGGUGCCUUAAUCAGUUACACGAGAACACAAAUCUGCAUUUUUAAAAAUUUUCUUUCCUGUCAUUGUAGAGGGGUUUUUCCCUACAGACACAAAGGGACUGGGUUUUCCAAAACUUGAAGUACAAUUAUGAAACGAAAACCUCGUUUCGUCCUAAACCUACACUUUUUGUAAUAAAUUCAACCUGUAACAGCAGACAAGCUGUUUGUCAUCCCUGGAAAGUACAAACCUCCUCCUGUAGGAUGAGCCUUUGUUAUUACAGUGGACAGGAGAUGCUGUUUUGGGAAACCUGGUUCUGAUUUAAUUUUUAACCCAUUUCUCUGCCCACUACGCCACGUUUUAUUGUUUUCUGUAUCGGCUGCUGCUAUCACCGCUGGUGUGUCUGCGUAGAGAAGAAUACAUUUCCACGGUGUCGGAGAUGGAGGGGGAGACUCGGGGCYGGCUUUCUAAUCCAAAAUACAUUCUUCUGAGGCGUGGACACGGAGCACUGUGCGCCUCCUGAGACCUUUUUAUUGUGAUAGUGAAAAACAAACAAAAAGAAAAAAAAAGAGAGAGAAUUCCGUUUUUUAAAACUUUCCUAUAAUGAAGUGCCAGAGCCUCCGUGAAGUCAGUGUUGGCACCGAGUCGAAGCGACAAACAUGGAGGCAAACCGUGGUGCUAAUCUGUCCGUGGCUGGGUGCUACAGUAACAUGGCUGUGUUUGAAUUCGUAGCCAUAUUUACUCCUUCUGUUCGAUGACUCCGCUCAAGUCUCGUGUUUUUCUGACUGCUGCACUGCUGUAUGCCGACAUAGCGAGGUGUAACUCUGCUGCUGCUGCUUUGCCGAUGAAUGUAGACUAGUCUUCCUCAGCAGGAUCACACAGACAGACGAGGGCGUCUGGAGCUUUUCCUUUCUUUUUUAUUUGUUCCUGCUGUUCGACUUUGUUCGGAAGCUCUGAGGGAGACUCUGGUCAUCAGGAGAGAGARAGAUUUUGAAUGUUGUAUCUUUAAGUGGCCACUUUUGCUUUUGUGUUUAAACUUUUUUGUUACCUUAUGCUCUGAUAUUUAUGCUCUAACUUGUCAAAAGUUGCACGUUUUAUUAUGUUUUUUUUUCCUAAAUUAUAUUUUUGCCAUUUUCUUUGAUCCCAGUGUUCCAUAUAUUGUUUAUUUAUUUAUGAAGUCCAGUAAUUUGAAAUAUAAGGAGACUAUUAUUAAAUGUAGACWUUAAUGCUUUUCCACUGAAUAAGGCGCCCACAAGUCAGAGACGUGUCGUGAGCCUCACAGACAGAAAUCAAAGUCACAAUGUAACCAAAACAACGUCUCUAACAAAUACUCAUCCUUUACAUCUGUUUGGUAACUCAAAAUUAUACAGAAAAACUUCAAAAUUUGAUGAUUUCUCUGGCGUUUGAGACAGAUUUAAAAACAUUUAUCCACCACUUUACUCUCUUUAGUUCAUUUGAAGCAUUUCACAUUAUUCAGUUUAUGAAAAAACAAGAACUUGCAGAAACUUUGGGUCUGAAUAUUUUCUAGGAGUGGUAACCUUUGCUGUGAGACUGCAGGCAGACUCCAGUAAAAUGAUUUAACUAUUAUAGUUUACAAUUUGAUGUAUUUAUUCAUAAAAUCUUCUGUAGCUUUUUAGAAGAACACCUUAUUUAGCCUUACUAAUCAUAAAUAAAGGGUUUGUUAACCAUGAAAACAUUAAUUACAGAUGAUUUAUACUUAAUAAGCUACAAAUUAACUUUAGUAAUGCUAUACCCAUGAAGGUGCAUGUCUAACAUGGUGUGAAAGUACAUUUAAAUAAGCAUUCAACACAGUAUAUUGASUUAAUUCAUGCGUUAUUAAGCAGGAAUAAAUGAGUGUUGGUUUUGGAAGUAAUUAGCAUUUAUGGGCAAAGACCAAUUCUGUUAAAUGAGAAUUGGUUCUCAACUGACUUACCUGUUAAAAUGAAGGUUAUAUAAAGCAUUAAUAAAUGUGUUAAAUUAUAGCUUAAGUAUAAAUCAUCUUUAACGAUGUUUUCAAGGUUAACUAAUAUUUACUGAUGAUGGUUAAUUAAGGUGUAGUUAUUAUAAAGAUACCAAAUCUUGUGGUWAAUCUUUUGCAAUGAUUAAACUCAAACAUUUUUAGCUCUAAAAGAAUCAAAAAGCCUUAAAACAACUUGAUGAAACCACCCCACUCCUCCAGUAAAUGUAACCAGAGGCAGGAUUUUUUUGUGACUUUGAUUCGUUUGCUGUCUGUGAGGCUCGAAGUGUUUUGUCACUGGAGGUUUGAUGUGAUCAGAAGCCCCAUCGGGCUCGUUUACGCGCCGAGCAGAACCUCGCCUUGACACGGCCCUCCUUCUCGUGACUUUGGAUUGAAGUUUGGCGCUUCGCUGCUUUGGAGCUCAAGUUAGGGGUCGGCUAACUCUCUGUCUUGAGCUUCAGUGGGGAAACGUAGUGAGUUUUGUGGAAAAACUUCACUUGUGCUUCAGAGGUUUUCAGCCCUUCUUUUUUGCUUUAUUUGAAACAAGCUUUUUUUUUAUUAUUUUUUAUUUUUUAAGAAGGGCUUUGGUUUGCAGUUGUCUGGUCUGGGAGUGCCCCAGAGAUUAGACAGGGGUCGUUAAGGGCUGGUGGGCAGAGACCCCUCCUCACCCUCUCCUUGCAGUGAAUGACAGGGGAGGGAUUCAUCACUCAAACAACAACUCACCCCACGAUAAUAAAAAACAAAACUCCUUACAGUUUCUGCACACGUCAAACUCAUUACGACACAGCAGUGAUUUACAUCUUCCAGAUUUGCCAAAAAAUAUAAUAAAACGCACGGAAAAAAACGAGACGUUUAACAGAAAGACAUCUGAAAGCAUCUUCUGUUUCUUUUCUCUGUUUCUAUAAUUGAACAAUAGGAUUUAAUAGGAAACCCAUACAAGCCCAAACAUGUAGAGGAUGUGGGAGGUAUCGGUCACCCUGAGCUCCACAGCUACAUGUCAUUGUUCGGAUGCUUCUGGUCUUGUUUUGGUGACUUAUACGAUUUGAUCAACAGCAUGGGAUCUUUCUGUAGUUAGUCCUGUGUGUGUUCCUCUCCCCGGUCUCAGUAGGAAGGCUGUACUUCAUUGCUAAGUGCUCUACAAUAGAUCUCUUGGUGAAUCUAAUUUCAUAAACCUGCUGAAACUAACUUGAUCCUCUCUUUAGCAACGACGUCUAUAUUUGUAGUUCACAUAUAUGCCUGUUCGAAUACAAUAUCUUGAUGUGUUAUAUUUAUGUUGUAUACUAAAUGUUGUGCUGGGUUUAUACUUUUUUGUUUUGACAUUUUCUUUUACAUUGUGUUCUUUUCUUUUUUCCUACUUGGAGGCACAGUUGAUGGUUUUACGCACAGGCAUGGAAAUGUAAUUUUUUUUCUUGUUUGUACUGUAAAGGCCCAUUUCUGUUUUAGUUUCAUUUUUAUUUUAUUUUGUUUUUGUCUCUGGCUGCUCAAAAUCCUGUGGGCACCUGCCCGAAAAUUUUCUUCUUCUUUUUUUUGCCUCUGUUUUUGUUUGUUUUUCUAAUGAUUUUAUUAAAUCAUCUUAUCUUGUAUCAGCCGGGUGUUGGUACUGCAGCUCUGCUUGUAACCACAUUAGUCUGAUUAUGUUUAUUGAUUUUUAUUAUCAAAACAAUAAAACCAUUAGCACCACA